GUUUCUUUUAACUGACUGGACUAGCCCUCCGUCAGAGAAAGAGAGAGAGAGGGAGGGAGGAAGCAAGCUACCAUUCUUCGUGGCGUUGAGCUUUUGCCGGGGCAGGGAUUUGCAGCAGCUCAUUUGCAAGAAGUUGCUUAACAAUUCACUUCUGCUGGUGGUGAUGAUGAUUACGCAGGCAGGGCUCUCUUGGCAGGGAAGAGCUGCCACAGCCAUCUCCUCCCCUCUUCUUCCUCGCCGUUCUCACGUUCCAAAGGCACCCAACUUCAAUUCAUCAUCUCUUCCUCUUACUAGAGCCCCACCACCACUAACCCUGUCCAGGCUAUCCUGUUCGCCUCUAUCGCCUCUGCUCUCCUUCCGGUUGUCCUCCUCGACCCCCCUCCGUGUUUCGUCUCCUGCUUCUUCCGCCCCAUCAUCUUAUUCAAAUGAAGAACUGGAGAAGAAACUUGCACAGGUUUCUAAGAGGCUGGAGAGCACUUCUCGCUACCUUAAAAGGUUAGGCAGUCUGGGUUUCUGGGGCCAGCUUGUCUGCACUGUGGUAGCUGCUGUAAUUUUAUCAUUCUCUGUUGUUAUCACUGGGAGAGUUACAUCUCCAGUUACAUUUUAUUGCACUGCUGGAGGCAUUUCAGCUGCCUUUAUGUCAGCCUUCUGGUCCUUUGGCUAUACGCGUUUAGCUGAUAAGCUCCAAAGAACAGCUACGGACCCUGAGAAGGCACCUCCUCGGGCUGAAGUAAUCAACAGCUUAAAAAAUGCUAUUCUCAUAAAUAUUCUGGGAAUGGGUGCUGCAGUGCUUGGUAUGCAAUCGACUGUUGGACUUUUGGUUGCCAAGGCUCUUACCUCAUCAGCAACUCCGUAUUACCAAGGGAUGCGUCCUGGCUACAGCCCUGUCUUAGCAUUAGACGUAUUCUUGGUACAGGCCUCUGCAAAUACCAUCCUGUCUCAUUUCUUAGGGCUUGUGUUGUCAUUGGAGUUACUACGCUUUGUGACACUGCCACUGGAAGCUGUUGCAGUGCCGAGAGGCACGUAAUUUUGCUUUGCAACUGUCUCUGAUUGCCAUGGAUUUCAGCUUUUUUGUGCAGGUUCCCAUGCUACUAUAAAUUUUUUGUUCUCGGCUAUAUCAGAAAUUCGAAGUGCCGGUUGUUUUAAGGGGUGGCUGGUGAUGCAGCUGGACAGGUUUGAAGCUUCCAAAGGUUACCACAUGUUUGAUGAUGAUUAUAGGCUGAGGUUGUGUCUGUUUGGGACUCUUUAUCGCCUUUCUGUGUUCAAUUUUUACCUGGAGGAUUCAUAGCGGUCUUUCGCAUCAUUAUGAACAGUUCUUGGUGUUCCUUUUUUCCUUGCAUGUUUAUUUUCUGUUUAUAGUUCUUCUGUUCUUUUUUUCCUUGCGCAUUGGCCACCUGAACAAGCUUUACUGUGCAUGAAAAUCUCUGCACAUGAUCGGCUGUAUCUGAAUAUGCAGCAGGACAGGUUUGAAGCUUCCAAAGGUUACCACAUGUUUGAUGAUUAUUAUAGGCUGA